UUGAUGCUAGUCCGUUAACUUCUGUGUGGUCAGCCGACCGAGGCAUGAGAACCGUUUCCUGGCCAUUUAUUUUUCUCCUCGGUAUCGUGAAAGCAGUGAAAAUGUCCUUCUGAACGUGAUGAUCUGGAGGAUACUCGCGGUUUACUUCCAGCUCGAUAGUGUGGAAAGAUAAAACAGCGGGCUCUAAAACUCUACCUCCCUCCUCCUGCCCGUGAAGGCAGCUAGCUGCGAUGUGAUUGUGGAUCAGCGCCGUCGAGGGAAGUUAUAAUUGACAUUAUCGCGGCUGAAUGGCCACAGCACCGGCCCGUCCGCCUUCAUUUACCGCCUGCAUGCCUUCGUUAUUUCGGUAGCCGCCGGAGCUCCGCGUCGGGAGGAACCGCUACAUUGUCGAAGGCGGAAAUAACCGAAAAGAAGCCCGCAUCCACCCCGGCAGCGCUACUCCUCAUCGGAGAGGGGAAACGAUGUCUUUCUUCAAUUUUAGGAAGAUCUUCAAGUUGGGGCCUGACAAGAAGAAGAAGCAGUAUGAGCAUGUGCACAGAGAUGUCAAUCCGGAGGAAAUUUGGGAGAUUAUCGGGGAGCUGGGAGAUGGAGCUUUUGGGAAAGUGUACAAGGCCCAGAAUAAACAGAAUGGCACCCUGGCUGCUGCAAAGGUCAUCGACACAAAGACCGAGGACGAGCUGGAGGAUUACAUGGUGGAGAUCGACAUCCUGGCCUCCUGCAACCACCAUCACAUUGUCAAACUGCUGGACGCCUUUUAUUUCGAGGGCAAACUUUGGAUCCUCAUCGAGUUCUGUGCGGGUGGUGCAGUCGAUGCCAUCAUGCUGGAGCUGGAGCGACCCCUGACCGAGCCCCAGAUCCGAGUGGUUUGCAAACAGACUUUGGAGGCGUUGAUUUACCUCCACGAGAGCAAGGUCAUCCACAGAGACUUGAAAGCCGGAAAUAUUCUCCUGUCACUGGAGGGAGACGUGAAACUCGCCGACUUUGGUGUGUCUGCUAAAAAUACCAAGACGUUACAGAGAAGAGACUCUUUCAUCGGCACCCCGUACUGGAUGGCCCCAGAGGUGGUGAUGUGCGAGACGUCCAAAGACCGUCCGUACGACUACAAGGCCGACAUCUGGUCCCUCGGCGUGACCCUCAUCGAGCUGGCGCAGAUCGAACCGCCCAACCACGAGAUGAAUCCCAUGAGGGUGCUGCUGAAAAUAGCCAAGUCCGAGCCGCCCACCCUCAUGCACCCCUCUCGCUGGUCACCAGAAUUCAGUGACUUUCUGCGGAAGGCGCUGGAUAAGAACGUGGACCACAGAUGGAGCUCUGUACAACUUCUGCAGCAUCCCUUUGUCACCAGUGUCACUGACAGUAGACCUCUCAGAGAACUGAUCGCCGAGGCCAAGGCCGAAGUCACAGAAGAGCUCGAGGACAGCAAAGAGGAGGAAGAGGAAGACGACACAGACGCGCCUCACGCGGGUCCUGGGCACAAGCGAGCGCCGUCAGACACCAGCGUGGCCAGUUCAGAGGACGAUAAAGUCCCGCCGACGCCCUCCACCCUGGAGUCUGUUACAGAGAAGACGGAGGCCGAGCCCGCCGACGACCGCACCAGCGAUAAGCUCUCUGAUGAAGGACUCGGAACGAGUGAAGUAGACAAGACAGAGGAGGAGAAACUCAACGAAGUGUCUGACGCCAGUAAUGAAGACCUGGCCUCCGGACCGACGGGGUCCCACAAGGAUUCCAAACCAGAAGUGGAACAAGUCGACCAUCCUCCCAUUGAGCCUGCAGUGCCACAUCCCGAAGAGCCUGGAGACACAGCACAAACCCAACAACCUGCCGCAAAGGGUCAGGAAGCAGAAGAGGAAGUAAAAGAUACAGAAGAAAAGAAAUCAGAAGAUGAACCUGUCCCAGCAGCAGAGGUGGAAGCGGAGGCAGAGGAGGAGAAACAAGAGGAAGAGAACCAAGCAGGGCCAGAAGAAUCCAGAGAAUCGCAGGAAGUCGUGCCAGAAAAACCAGAAUCCACAUCAGAAGAAGCGGCACCAGUAGAAGAAGAAAACAAAGAGGCCGAUGUGGACACACCACAACAUGAAGGGUCAGAGGUCAGAGCAGAAGACGUGACGAAUGGCACAGAGGUGAAUGGAGACACAGAACACGUUCAACCAAAUAUUAACGAAGGCACAGACACAAAGUCAGGAGUGGAGGAGCCCUCUGCUGAGGUUGUUGCGGAAGACAAGGCCCCGGAAAUUCAACCAGUAGAGAAACCAAAGGAUGAAGCUCCUGAAGAACAGCAGGAUCAGACCAGAGGGGAGGCUGGAGUGGAGGAACGAGCACCAGCUGAACACGUGAACGGAGUCUCCGAUGAAGCCAAAGACGCCACCGUGGGUUCAGAUCAAGUGGCCCCACCUAAAGACACUUCUGUCAAGGAAGAUGAAGAAAAAGCACCCUGUGCAGAUGAGGCUACCUCCCAAGAUGCUGUGUCUGUUCCUGAGAGCGAAACGGAUUCCGAAACAAAAGUGGAGCAAGGAAGCCCCGCUGUGAUCAAACCUGAAGUGGAGAAGGACUCUGACUCUGGAAGCAGCUCUGCUGCAGAUAGCAGCAGCCUCGACCUCAAUCUGUCCAUCUCCAGCUUCCUCUCCAAGAGCAAAGAAGGGGGCUCAGUGUCGUUGCAGGAUUUGAAACGUCAGAAGAAAACUCUGAAGAAGACGCGGAAGUUCAUGGUGGAUGGCGUGGAAGUCAGCGUGACAACAUCAAAGAUCGUCACAGAUAACGACACCAAGAACGAAGAGAUGAGGUUCCUGAGACGACAGGAGCUGCGAGAGCUCCGCCUCCUUCAGAAAGAGGAGCAGAGGGCUCAGCAGCAGCUCAGCAACAAGCUCCAGCAACAGAGGGAGCAGAUCUACCGGCGCUUUGAACAGGAAACUACUGCUAAGAAGCGUCAGUAUGACCAGGAAGUGGAGAACCUUGAAAAGAAGCAGAAGCAGACCAUCGAGCGCCUGGAGCAGGAUCACACCAGCAGACUGCGAGACGAAGCCAAACGCAUCAAGGGGGAUCAGGACAAGGAACUCUCCAAGUUCCAGAACAUGCUGAAGAACCGGAAGAAAGAGGCCAAACAGGGAAUCGGACAGUCGCCCAAAUACUUGAGAAAAGAUCUCUUGAAACGUUUAAAGGAGGACCUUUCGCACCACAAGACUGUAGAGGAGCAGGAGUUCCUGCAGAAGCAGCAGCAGGAGCUGGACGGCGCUCUGAAGAAAAUCAUCCAGCAGCACAAAGUGGAGAUCACCACCAUCGAGAGGGACUGUCUCAACCACAAGCAGCAGCUUAUGAGAGCUCGGGAGGCGGCCAUGUGGGAGCUGGAGGAGCGCCACCUGCAGGAGAAGCACCAGCAGCUCAAGCAGCAGCUGAAAGACCAGUACUUCAUGCAGAGGCACCAGCUGCUGAAGAGGCACGAGAAAGAAAUGGAGCAGAUGCACCGCUACAACCAGCGCUUGAUCGAAGAGCUGAAGAACAAACAGACUCAGGAGAGGGUCCGUUUGCCCAAGAUUCAGCGCAGCGACGCCAAGACCCGCAUGGCCAUGUUCAAGAAGAGCCUCCGCAUCACCGCCGUGGCGGCCAUCACCCCGGAUCAGGAGCGGGAGCGGAUCAAACAGUUCGCUCUGCAGGAAGAGAAGAGGCAGAAGAACGAGAGACUCCAUCAGCACCAGAAACACGAGAACCAGAUGAGAGAUCUGCAGCUGCAGUGCGACUCCAACAUCAGGGAGCUGCAGCAGCUGCAGAAUGAGAAAUGCCACCUCCUGAUCGAACACGAGACCCAGAAGCUGAAGGAGCUGGACGAGGAGCACAGCCAAGAGAUCAAGGAGUGGAGAGAGAAGCUCAGACCCAGGAAGAAGGCGCUGGAGGAGGAGUUCACACGGAAGCUGCAGGAGCAGGAGGUCUUCUUCAAGAUGAGCGGGGAGUCCGAAUGCCUUAACCCCACCACUCAGAGCCGGGUGUCCAAGUUCUACCCCAUCCCAAACCUGCACAACUCGGGCUCAUAGCCCGGCGCGUGCGUCCGCGCCGCCGGACAGUCUGCCUCCGAUCGCGAAUUCAAAUUUUAAGAAAAGAUGUUUCAGCUGCUUCGACUCCACCGUUAGUGAGCAUGACGUGCCUACACACCGUUCCCUCACCUGAUGAAGCGCUCCCGGCUCGCCGGGACACCGAUGGACAAUAUGCACUUUUUUUUCUGAGCAUGUUCAGAUGUUUUCAAAGUCUGCAGUCGGUAGCGAAGGUCAGUCAUGCUUAUCAAGCAGCCUGCUACAGUCCCAAUGAUCUCCAGUGCCUCAUUUCUUCCUUCUUUCUCUGCAUUUAGGCCCUCUUUAAGUGUUUUCCUGCGCUUGCAGUAAAUACAGUGCCCACCCCCCCCUCCUAAAACCCCCUGCAGCGUUUUGCACUUCAAUAACUGCUUGUCAUUUCUGCUCAUAAUCACCAGAUGUUGACAGAUUGUUUCAGUCAUUUCACACAAGCUGGUGAGUAAAUUCAGCUCCGAGGUUCAGUCUCACUGGGAGGAGAUUCACAGAGUCAAAAGUCGAACACAGCACCGUGGUGGGGGCUGUCAGGGAGUUGUAAACAUAACAGUUUAAUCGGAUAGUGCUCAACAAACAACAUGUUGUAAUUUUUGUGCUGGUUAGGUCACACACACACACACACACACACACACACACACACACACACACACACACAUACACUCACACUCACACCAGGGUGAUCUGUUACUGGGGUUUUGUGUUACGUGAGAUAAAUCACUUGACCUGCUGGUGGUUUGGUCACAAAACAAACGGUUUGCUGUAAACUUAUGAAUGCUUAAGGAAUGUAAGGCUGUUAAUUUGCACUGUUUUUUGCCACAUGAGCUAAAUGGAAAGAAUUAUGCAGUUUUGAACUCCAGACUGACAUGUUUGGUUCAUUUCGCCUGUUUCUCGUUUUGCCCCUCAAACACAGUUCUGAUCCACGGACGCUGCCUUCGCUCUGCUCGCUGUCGUAAAUGUAUGAAUGAAGCCUCUGCUAACAUGGAGUAUGGAGUGGACACGUUAAAUAGACAAAAUACAAGGAAGAUCGGGUUUUUCUCAAUGCAUUUAGAGUAAAGACGGAAUCAAGAUGACUCAUGUCGGGGAUUCAAAUCAAACAUCCAGAAUGAAGUCCAAAUAAAAAAAAUAGUGCUACUGUGUGUCCAGCAGCUGAACCUUAUUGUAGACUUUUCUGAAACGAGAUAUAAUCGCUCUCUUUAUUGUUCUAACAAGCUUCUUUAAUCUGGAUGGAACAGGAAAAAGAGCAAACGCUAGCUGUUGUUGGAUUUUUGGCAAAUCGUGUGGCUGCUGUAGGUUCUCUGGCCUGUAGGGUAGCAACAUUUAGUUGUCUACAAUUGAACUGUACUAAAUCUUACAUGUUUUUUUUUGAUAAUUGAAAAUUAGUUUUAUUUUAAUAUUUUAUCAAAAGUUUCACCUUUAAUCCUAAAUAUAAAUAAAGCAUUUCAUCCUCGCAGAUUUAUUGAAAAUUUGAAAUCUAAAAUCUCACUUCUAUGUUUCAGAUUUUGACUUUGAGUUGUUAUUCAGUUUGACUCUAACACAUGGAUAAAGCGGUGCUUGAAGGUCAAUAUUGAUCAAGCGCCUCACGUUGUUAGAUGACAUCUUUCAGUUUUCCCCUUUGGAAAGUCAAAGCUUUCCCACCAUUUGUCCCAAAAUCUGUCUGCGCAGAGAGAAAUGCUCUUCGUCUUGUAUUUUUGUUCUUUGAGGUGUCCGUGACCUGCUGCUGUAUCCCAGAGGGAAGGUAUCGAUGGUUCACGACCAGCUGUAUUUUGCCACUUCGUACCAUUGUAUGAUCUGUUUGCUGUCGUCUCCAUGACUGGCGUUUGUGUCCUGAAUGCUGGAUUUGUUUUGGGUCAGUGGAAGAGUGUAUCAUGUGAGUUACACCAAUCCAUCCACAGAUUUCAGAUAUUAUUUUUUUUUAAUAAGUUACAGCAUUUUGAUGUCAUCCUACCACAAUGAAUAUUCUUCAUAUAUGCAUUUUUUUGAUGUCAAGAUCAAAUGUAUUUAAUGUGUCUUUAUAAAUGGACUUUUUUUUUUUCUUGUAAAUAAAAAUCCAGUUUAUUUGA